AUGCCUUCCCCCGACGGCGCCAAGGCUGGCGCUGCCGGCGUCGGUGUGUCGACGAGCCCCUCUUUUCAACUGGCCAUCACAUUCUUUGUGUGGUAUGCGGCCAGCUUCAUGACGGAUGCCUACAAUAAGCAGAUUCAAGAGCGGCUUCGCAUCCCCCUGACGCUAACCUGCUUUCAGUUCUUGGCCGGUGCCUUGACUACCACUUUUAUUUUGCGCGGCCUCAAGCUCGUGCCCUUUGUCGCCCUCCGCCGUGAUCAGAUGCGCCCAGUGGUUGCAGUGGCUCUGGUCUGGACGAUUGGCUUUGCCACAACCAACCUUAGUUUUGGCGUCGCCAAGGCCGGCUCGGUCGCCUUUACGCACGCGGUCAAGGCCACCGAGCCCGUGUUCCUGGUCACGGUGGCCACACUCUUCUUUGGACGUUCCUUUCCACUCUCCGUGUGGGCGGCCCUGCUGCCCAUUGUUUUUGGAAUUUCACUGGUCGCCGUGUCCGAUCUGAGCUUCUCCGUUACCUCUGUCGCCAUGACAUGCAUCAGCAACGUCUGCUUUGUUCUUCGCUCUCUAUUCGUGCAGCAGAUAUACGCCAGCGGUGCGGCCGAUUCAUACAACGUCUUUUACUACAUUUCGUGGUUUUCGGCAGCCCUUCUCUUCCCGAUUGCAUUCUUGAGCGAGUCGGGCACAUUGUGGGCGCAUUGGGUGGAAUUGGACGGCACGCUGUUGAAGCUGCUGGCUUGGAAUGCCUUUGGGCACUUUAGUUAUAACUUUGCAAGCAUGUCUCUUUUGGAUAUCAUUUCACCGCUCACCCAUUCCAUUGGCAAUGCCUCCCGACGCCUUGUACUAAUUGUGGGCAGCAUUUUGUACUUUGGUCAGCCCUUCCUCUUCAAGCACAUGCUCGGUGUCGCACUCCUCAUGACGGGCGUGUUCAUGUACACGAUCGUUUCCAAGCGCAACGCGGCUGCCAAGGCCAGUGCCGCUUCUGGCUCCACGACAAAAGCGGCCUUGGAUACACCGACGGUUAGUGACUGGGCCUUUUGGCCGCUCAGGCGACAUGGACACGACGAAAACGAGAGCAUGGAGAGCCUGACAAACUCAUAG